UAUUCACGAUCAAGGUAGUGCAGAAUUUAGCUGCUCAGGAUUGAAGGUGAGAUUGAAUAUGAUGUUCCUCUGGUGUGUUCUGGUUCUUGUGAACCUGGUCUCAGUGGCUACAGACAGCAGUGCAGGAGUUAAAGUCACACUGACUCAGAAGGGGCUUGAGUACGGUCGACAGUUGGGAAUUGACGCAAUCCAGCAGAAACUCGGAACUAUUAAACUAUCGGACAUAAGUGGAUCAGCAAAUGUGGUUGUUGGAAAUGUCGAAUACAGUUUAACGGGGAUGCAGAUUGGAAAAAUUGGACUUGGCAAUUCAGCAGUGGGGUUAGUUCCUGGCACUGGAGUCAAGCUUUCAGUUGCCAAUGGCUUCAUCAAUAUGCGUGGAAAUUGGGAAGUCAAAUACUUCUGGUUCAUAAAACUCAGUGGAUCAUUUGAACUCAGUGUGAGUGAACUGGCCAUUAGCACCAAUAUUGCAGUCAAGAACGACGUCACUGGCCGCCCAACAAUCAGCAUUAUUAACUGUGCAGCAUCUGUGGGAAGUGUCAGCGUCAGAUUUGAUGGUGGGCCCAGGUAAU